CCUCCCACCUUCCUUGGAAGCCAAGCCCCCUUUUACCGGUAUAAGGUCCACACCUCUGGAAGAGAAUGAUUGCAGAAACUACCUUCUUUCUCUCAGACAUCAAACCAGAGACCCAGGUUCCUCCAGGGGAGUGAGGUCAUCAUGGCUCUGAAGUCUCUAGCCGUGUUGCCACUGCUGGUCCUGGUGCUGCUGCUGGUGUGGGCCCAGCCUUCCCUGGGCAAGGAAUCUGCGGCCGCCAAGUUUGAGCGGCAGCACAUGGACCCCAGCACGUCCUCUGCCAGCAGCUCCGACUACUGCAACCAGAUGAUGCAGAGCCGGAAGAUGACCCAAGAUCGAUGCAAGCCGGUGAACACCUUUGUGCACGAGUCCCUGGCCGAUGUCCAGGCCGUGUGCUUCCAGAAAAAUGUCGCCUGCAAGAAUGGGCAGUCCAACUGCUACCAGAGCAACUCCGCCAUGCAUAUCACAGACUGCCGCGAGAGUGGCAACUCCAAGUACCCCAACUGUGUCUACAAGGCCACCCAGGCGGAGAAACACAUCAUUGUGGCUUGCGAGGGAAACCCUUACGUGCCAGUCCACUUCGAUGCUUCAGUGUAGGUCUCCGCCUGAGGCCAGAGCAGCAAGAUGCAUCACUUCAUCACAAAGGCAUCUGCCUCUCCCCUUGUUUCCUUGCCCUGGGGGCAAUAGCUGAAGUUAGUUAGGGCUCUUAUCUCUGCACAACUUACCGGAAACACACACACAGGGUUCCCUGACAAGAGGGCAAUAACUCAAGCUGGUUAAGUCUUCUGUCCAACCCACACUUGCUCCCCUGACCUGAGUCUUGCCCCUGGUGGUUUGGGGGGUGAGGAGAGGGUUGUGAGAUGGGACCUGUGUUAACCAAAUCACUGCUUCUUUCAAUAAAACAUACUUGCAACCACCUGAA